AAUAAAUCCCCAAAUUUUAAGAAGUUUCACAUUAUAGCAGCACUUCCUACAUCUAUGCAAGCUUUCAUGUUUACUUGUAGUACUUUUGAAGCAGAUAUAUUUGCGAUGGAUCCCGAAAGUAAAUUUAAUUUAAGGUUAAAUAGAAAACUCUAUAAUCAAUUGGUUGAUCGAGGUUAUCAUUUUGAGUUACUUUAUGGUCCAGCCAUAGAAGAUUCAACAAAGAGAAAAAAUUUAAUACAUGUUUCUCAUUUAUAUCACUCAUUUGGAAAAUCAAAGAACAUCAUAUUUUCAAGUGGUGCUCAGAGCCAUUUAUAUAUUAGAAGCCCCUAUGAUAUUAUAAGUUUGGGUUUAAUAUUUGGAUUAAAUGAACUUCAGUGUAAAAAUGCUUUAACCCACUAUCCCAAAAACACAAUCAUUAAUUCAGUUGGACGUAAACAUGGAAAAUCUAUCAUGUUUAUUGAAAAUAUAGAAAAGGAAAGUGAACAAAGUGUUAUUAUAUUAGAAGAGAGUGAGGGUGAAGAUAUGGGAUUAAAUCAACCAGCUCAAAAAAGAUCAAAAGUGUAAUAUACACAUUGUAUUUUUUUAAAAUAAAGAUUAAUAAAGUUUUUAUGGAAA